CGUCUCAGUUGGCUAAUGAUUUGUUUAACUUUGACAGCGACUUGAGCCCGCAAAUUUCUCGGGUACGUCGUUAACUUCAAAAACUCACGGGAUCUGAAGGCCCGGCAUGAGGCCUCGAAAGGAGAGUCACGUGUUCGAUUAAAGUUUCACUUGCAGGCUAAUCAUCUUUCACCAGUCGUAAAUGUCGGCAAAAUUAAGAUAUUCUUCUGCUGUCAUGUCGAGAAAAAGAAUCAUAAUUCACGACCUUCUGUCAGACCAUUCGUACAGAUAAUCACUGGGGAAUCCAACCCGAAGAAUUAUUGAUUGAAUUUUUCUAUUGACCCGGUAGUUCGACUCUGGAGUUACUCUACACCUUUAAGUGCAUUAAAUAAUCCAUAAAAAAAAUGCCUCAGCCUCACCUUGACUCUCGCCCGAGUAACCUACGUCGUAAAACCAGGAGGCGGCUAAAUGACGAGCAUAACUAACCGUAGGGGCACGUUGCUUUCACCGAGACCUUCUUCCCUCUUCGAGGGCGCUACGUAGGGAAAGUUUUACCCGCGAUAUAAAUUCACAAACAUUUUUCAUUCAAAUAAUCGUUAUUCCCCGGUUAAAAUCGAACCUAGCGGAAGUGGUAGGAAAGUUCACCGCUUGGAGAUUCAAAUUACAGUGCGGGCCCCCGUGAUAGCUGAAUUUAUGGCGAUGCUAAUCUACUCUUCUCCGGGUAGUUGGUAUAAUUUUACGGAGAAUUUAACCUUGGUAUCUUCAGCAACUCACUGUGAGUUAAAUUCGAUGGAAAAUAAUAGCCGGUGAGUGGCUGUCCGGACUUUUCCGAGAGCCUCUGAGUGCUGGAUAAUUGUGGAAUGGGAUCAUCAGCCUCGACCAUUGGCGACUGAAGGAGCGAGAAGAAAGAUUUUUCAAUUGCGAGGAAAUUUCUCCGGUGGGGGACCGUAUAAAGUGCGACUCUCUGGUCUAGUUUUGCUGGUGUCCAGCGGUCUGGAAGUGAGGCACUAGUGUGUCAGGAAUGGAUUGUUCAAGUGAUAUAAUUAGGAUUUGGUUCUGGUUCGCGCUCGUUGUGGUGCUGUUGGAAUUAGUGCAAUUACCGGAAGCUCGAAAAUAUAUGCGACCCUGGAAAUUUCAUGGGUCCAAGUCUCGAUGGCAUGAGUUGUCGCGAGGACCCAGGUAUCGAUUCAAGAGGCGGCCACCGAAAUAUCAUCGAUCGAAAUGGUACUCAAGCCGAUAUGCAUCGCAAUAUCUCGCUGAUGAGGAGCCCUAUACCAUAGAAAUUGAACUGCCGAAGCAUCGUCGUAGGGCUAACCACCUUCACUCAAAAAUGUGGGACAAGAGGCACCGCGACUAUGACGAUGACGACGAGGAUCACGAUAAAUCGGAUUUAAUUUCGGAGAAGAGAAUUCGCGUGAAGUGGAUAAAAGGAGAGAACCCAAAACUCCGGAUAAAGAUCUCCCGAAACGAUAGCCCAUCUGAUCUGGGGGUCAUCGAUAUGAGGAACGUCACACCUGACGCGGGAUACCACUCCGAGCAUGACUUCCAAGCAGUCACACCGACGUACGCCGUCAACGGGUGGGCGAAAUUACCCGCGAGGGGCUUUCGCGACAUUUAAUCCCACCCCUGAAUUCCCCGGCAUUAAAAUUCACAAGUUUCUUACGACACGUGAACAAGUGGGACUAAGUGCAAGGGAAAAAGUUUUGCUGCUGCGUAAUGACAUUUAUGUAUUUAUGCAGGGGUUGCACCUGGAUCCAGGGGCGUCAAUAUUUAUUUUUGUUGUAUUUAUAUAUUUAUUGCUUGCAAAACACUUCACCCCAAUUUAAUCAAUUAUAAAACAUAAUGUGUGAAUAAAUAAAUAGGAAUUGAGGACAAAUU